AUGCAUGUCUUGACUACAUUCAUAGUUUUUCUUCUGGUUCUACAAGGAACAUUUGCUGCCAAUUGUGAAUGUCAUUGUUGUACAUCAUCUCGAUGUGAACCUCAAUUAGUAGGCUCUUCUCCUAUAUGGUUUUGUACAGCUCAAACAUGUCGACCAGAAUUGUGUAUUGAUUCUUAUCAUGAUCGAUGUCCACCACAAGGUGCCCUUGGAACAACAAUGGCAAAGUGUAGUGGCAUGAAACAAUUACCAUCACCAUUAUUUAUUAUAAUUGGUAUUACUUCAAUUAUUUUAAUGAUUAAAAACAAAUUUUAA